ACACGAAACUUUGGGACCGCUCCUACGCAUCUGCUUUCCACGGUUGAUUCUCGGACAGAAUUUUCUGAAGUUGCGAACCCUCCAGUACUUUCACCCCGAUGCUGCGCCCGGUUCGCAAGCAAUAAUCGUGAUCGAAAGUAAAGUCGCCGUCGCACGUACUUAAGGAAGAUAGAUCUACUUUCUUAAAACCGCAGAAAUGGUUUUUCCCUCUCUGAAAGCACUUGCAUUGUUCUCUUUUAUCGCCCUUUUGACGGGCCUGGUGCAUGCGACCCCCGCAGUAAAGCGAGACAGCCGCACUUCUGCGCCCUCUGGUGCUGUUGUUGUGAGAGCCAGCGGAGCGUCGUCGGGAGAAUACAGCACGGUGCAAGCUGCUGUAGACUCGCUUGCUGAUGAUGGGACCGACCAAGUUAUCUUCAUUUAUGCAGGCACCUAUACCGAGCAAGUCUAUAUCGAUCGUGAUGGACAGACGACGAUCAUGGGUCAAACUUCUGAUACUAGCAGCUACGAAAGCAAUACAGUUACCAUCACGUAUUCGCUCUCUCUUGCUGAUGCAGACGAUGAUGAUUCGACUGGGACCUUACGUGUACACAAGGAUGACUUCGCUUUGUACAACGUCAAUGUGAAGAACACGUUCGGUAAGGCUAGUACCAACGGUCAAGCAUUAGCUUUGAGUGCAUAUGGAACCAAUCAUGGUUACUAUGGUGUGGGCUUCUAUGGCUAUCAGGACACGGUACUCGCAGAAACGGGUAACCAAUUCUAUGGCUAUUGUUAUAUCGAAGGCGCUGUCGACUAUAUUUUCGGUCAAUACGCGCGGGCGUACUUCCACUACAACAGGAUUGCUUCGGUAGGCGCCGGAGCGAUCACUGCUAACGGUCGCUCAUCAUCCGAUGGAGUAAGUUUGUAUGUAAUUAACAAAGCGACCAUCACUACUAGCAGCUCGGCGACUUCCUCUAUUGAAGGGAAAGUGUACCUAGGACGCCCAUGGGGAGAAUAUGCUCGUGUCGUCUACACCUCCUGCUCGCUUGGAAAUCUGAUCAACAGUGCUGGAUGGGAGGAAUGGUCUAGUAGCGAGCCCAAUACCGAUCACGUCACCUUUGCUGAAUACGGAAGUACUGGGUCUGGCGCUUCUGGUACCCGUGCAUCGUUUGCUACUACGCUAACCUCAACCAGCGGCUACACAAUCUCCGACGUUUUGGGUAGUGACUAUGCCGAUUGGGUGGAUAGUGAUUAUCUGUAACUUGCGUCUGACCUAUGUCGUAUAUCUGGUACGGUUCUCGUCAGAGCCAAAUUCAUCAUUGUUCUCUGCAAACUUUGGCAAUUCAUGAGUUUCGGACCCGGGCUUCUAUACGACCUAUGUUUGGUUCAGGACGCCAUUAUGAGCCGGAUUAACGAACCUAAGCACAUUCUGGACGCACGAACUGUACACACUGACAAACUCAUUGCUCAAGGAUGCAUCACGA